GCAAGAGAAAAGUGAGGCACGCAGUGCCGGUUUCGCGAUCGUCAAUUUCCUCGCCCAAAAUCGAUUAAACCUACCCGAACAAACAGCAAGAUAAUACAAAGAAAGAAAAAGCAGUGGACAGCCAUGUCGAACAUCCCUCAUCCCGGCCUCUUUCCCGAAUCAUUGACGCCAUCUCCUGCCUCCUACCACUUUUCCACCUUGGCAUGCUGCGUCCCGGCAUCCACCUUGGUCGCACUUUUAUGCCGAGCAGCUACACAUGAGGACAACAAUCCCAUCCCGCUUAUGAUUGCUCUCGGGGCUACUCUUAUUAGCUGGACAAUCGGGAAUUUGGUUGACACCUACCUAUCCGCUGGCGCGAUGCAGCUCUGGCUUCUCCAAUCGGCCACGCAGCGCCAUCUGAGUUCGAUUUCCACAAUGGCCAAGACCAUCGAGGGGGAGGAGCCCGACAAUGCACUCGUCCAAGGCCUGCCGUCGCGGCUCUGUAAAUUAAGGGGAGAGCAGCUGGCAGCCGAGCGGCAGUGCGGGAUGUUUGCGAUGCGAUCUGGCGGGCCACAUGUGCAAAGCCAGCAGAAAGUCUGCGAUGAGCUGCUGGCCAUAUGUCUUGAGGUGGAAGUGGAGGUUCGGGCCGCCACUAAGCGCGGGCUCGAGCGCUACGUCGCUUCUCUGAGGAAAGAUGAUUGAUAACAAGGAGGCUGAAUCGUGUGAAUCUAAAUAUGGCUUGCGCGAGUCAAGGGCCUGGUGGAGUCGGUAGAAGCAGUGGUCCAAAAACGUAGAUUGCGUCCCUGACAAGCCCACUGCCAGCAAUACCUGUUAGGCACCCUUGUUAUCUGCGUGACACAGCCUAUACCUAGCCAGACCACGCUAUUCCUGGGUAAUCAGGCGCAGGUAGGUGAGAUCGAAAGGCUGCCAAGUACCUAGGUACAGUAAUUAUAUACAUGGCACAUUCAGCAGGUAAAAUUAAGCGCUCAGGGGAGACCCAUAUUUGCUUCUUAGCUGGCCUCACCAGCCUACUAAGGUUGUCGUUAUCACAGACCACUGUAUCCUAAGCCUCAAUUAAUGGGCACAUUACUGAAUAACUGUAGUAAGCUUUAGAUAUUGUGUAUGUCCGGGCAAUAUACCA